UAAGACGUAGUAUAAAUAUAUAAAGACGACAGUCGGUUCAAGUCUCGAAGAUGGUGAAGAAUUGUCCUCGCUGAUUUAUAUACCUGGAUCAGAAUCGGCAACAAUCUCGGCGGCGUGGUCUCGCGCAGUUCGUUGCGGACUCACAGCUGGGCGACUCACUUCAGACACUACCGAACGACGGAGCGGGCGGCGUGCGUUUGUUACGUCGCGCGUGAGUUGCGGCACUGUCCUGCGAGCGGGCAUUUCCGGCGAUCCGUAGAUAGAAGGAAUACUGAGCAGAUCGGAUCGGUUUUGAUCGCGCCGACUGUCAUCCCCGUCGUCGCCGAGGGCAUUUCUCGCCGUUGUCGCCGUCGUCGUCGCCGUUAUUGUCGUUCCCAUGCGUAGUGCAAGCACGCGGCCAAGCACGCGCCGACUCGAAAUGCACCGCCAGGUAUUUAUGUAGUAUCGACUACUGUCGUCUUACACCUUAAGCUUGGACGCUCGCUCACGCGCCUUCGCCUCGCCGUAAAGAAGAGAUCUCCCUCGAGGAAAUUUGAACGUCGUCACCUGGAAGAGGAAACGGAAGAGUAGCAGCCGAAGGAUUCUGUCCGAGCGGAAGUGAAACCGUGCGACGAAAAUGGAUCAGAAACGUGUCUACAAAAUUGUGUUGACUGGAGGACCAUGCGGUGGCAAAACGACCGGACAGACCAGACUGUGCACCUUCUUCGAGAACAUGGGCUGGAAGGUGUUCCGUGUCCCCGAGACAGCGACCGUGCUGCUCAGUGGCGGCAUCAAGUUUUCAGACCUGAACGCGGAAGAGGGGUUCAAAUUUCAGGAAAAUCUUUUGCGCACGAUGAUACAGAUAGAAAAUACAUUCUUUCAACUGGGUGAGAGCUGCUCGAGGAAUUGUUUGAUUAUCUGCGAUCGUGGUGCGAUGGAUGCCUCUGCUUUCAUUUCAAAGGACAAGUGGGAACUUAUGAUGGCCUCUAACGGAUGGAAUAAUGUUGAACUAAGAGACAACAGGUACAACCAAAUCAUCCACAUGGUUUCGGCAGCGAACGGCGCUGAGGAGUUCUACUCUACAGAAGAUCACGCAUGUCGCUCGGAAGGCGUCGAGCUUGCCCGCGAGCUUGACUACAAAGCUGCGGCCGCCUGGGUCGGUCAUCCAUACUUCGAUGUGAUCGACAACUCGCAGGAUUUUGAGUCCAAAAUUUGCUGGAUGAUCGAAUGCGUGUGCCAGAAAUUGGGUAUUGACACCGGCGACCGGUUGCGCGCUAGCAGUCGUAAAGUUAAGUUCCUCGUCAAGGCACCGUUGCCGCCGGACAGCGAGUUUCCGCCUUUCCAGGACUUUGAUGUCGUGCACAACUACCUCCAGAGCAACAAUCCUAAAAUGCAGGCGCGUCUACGUAAACGUGGCCAAAAAGGUCAUUGGUCAUAUAUUCAUACGAUUCGUCGGCCGAAGAUGUGUGGCCAAGUGAUCGAGGUGAAAACCCAGUUGACUCAUCGGGAUUAUUUGAAUAUGCUGACUCAGUGUGACGAUUCGCAUUUCACCAUCUUUAAGCGUCGCCGCUGUUUCCUUAUCAACAAUCAGUAUUUCCAAUUAGACAUAUACAUAAAGCCGGCGCAUCCCAGAUGUCGAGGUUUGAUGUUGCUCGAAACAUACACGGCACUGUCGGGUGACGAUUUGAAGAAUAUUCUGCCGCAAUUCCUGACGAUUGAGAAAGAGGUCACUGGCAAUCCGGACUAUAGCAUGUUCAACCUCAGUUUAGUCGAAGAAUGGAAUAUCACCGACAAGUACUGCCAUAAUUUGAAUGGCACAAUGCAGUCGGAUCAUCAAGAUCUCUCAAAUUCGAAGCGGUCAACCGACCUGACGAUUGAAACACAAAGCAACGGUUUGAAUUGCAAAGCCAGUGGUACAUUGAAUUCCGUAAACGGUCAAGUGAUCGGGAACAAGAGCGUCAACGGUGCUCACGAAAAUGGUUUGACGAAUGGCAAAGCAACGUACGCCGAGCGCUGUAAAAUAAAGAGCGACGGUCGGGAAACGGAAAUCCGUAAUGGUGGUCCAACUACGAGAUUGGACGAGGGACUACGAGGAUCGCAGCUCGACCGAUCGUAGAGGAACGGAGUUGGUAAUAUAGUCUAGUGAGAAACCGCACGGAAAUUAGGAGGCAAUAAGAUCACCACGCGGCGAAUCACCUGCGAAUAAUUCCAAACUGCGUAACGCGGACCUAACGUUAUCAAUACCGAUGCGAAUCAUGUGAACCGACAGCGUUGAGCAAGCAGCAACUAUUAGCACGAUAGAUCUCUAAAAUCUCACAUAGAUGAUGUCUAUUUUUUAAUCGGGCUUGCGUCGUCGCUAAGGAACCCUGUGGAGAAACGUACAGCCAGUUUCAUCAAUGUCGAUCAAACUGAGAAUGUCAAAUCAUGAUCCAGUGCAAACCUUUUAGAGAAUACGGCGGAGUUCUCAUGGAAGUUUCUUCGCAAUAACUCGAUGUCUCGCGUACUCGAAAGAUUUCUAUAAUAAUAUAUUUUUCACUCGAACACUUUCUUACGAUUUUAAAAAAUCUCUUGAAAUAAAACUUAAGAAAAAAAAAUAUAGAGGGGAAUAAUAGCAGACGAUUGAAAUUGUGGGUAUAAUUGUGGUGAGCUCUUGUACGAUGUUUCAGGCUGAUCUCUUUGAAGUGUGAUAAACAAGAAUUAAGUUUAACUAUAGUUUAAGCUGUAAUUUAACUAUAGUUAAAUUUUUAUUCGCCUCUUUUCAAAUCCCAGUUUCAGAAGGAAACUAGGACUGAUUUAAGAGCGAAAACUUAGCAUCAAACGACGUUGAUGAAAUAAAGCUCUGGCGAUUGUUUAAUAGAGCUCCACUAAACUAAAGCGAUGCUCCAUUGACGCAUCGAGUAUUUGUAUUUUGCUUUAUUGUAUUUUACUGUAUUUUAGUUUAUUUUAUUUUAUGUAACAUAUCUCAAGUAUUGCGUAUCAAUUUUCGAAAGAUCGAAAGAGCGAUUGUGAUAGAGGAAUGCGCAUAGCCCGCUAUGGAAAACUAUUGGAACGCAUGAAUUCCAACGAGAAAUGAAUGUCGAUGCAUUUGGGACAUUAAGAAAUGUUUACAAAUUUCUCUAUUACAAAAUCUAUUGGAAAUUCAAGAAAUUCUGAUGUAGUAAAUAUUUUCUCAGUGUACUUAAUGCUGCGUCAAAAUCGAGAAAUCAAAGAAUCGAAGAUUUCACGAUACAUAAAAUCAUAUAAUGACGCAAUAUUAAAGCUUACGAGUUUUAAGAUAAGUUAUCAGAUUUUUAGUAUUUGUCUAGAAUUGUAGAUUUAUGUCUUAUAAAAAAAAAGGAAAAAGAUUAAUGUCAAGAUAUUACAAAAUUCUUAAAGCACGAAUUCAUUCGUAAUAAAUUUCGUAUCGAAUGAAUGUAUCGAAUAUGUAAUGUUCCGUGGUCACUUCAUGUUUUUAUUAUAAAAAUUAGGAAAUUCUAAAUUUGUAGAAUAUCAAAAUAAAAAUUUGUUCGAGCAUUAGAAAACGAUUGGUCAUAGCAUAAAAAUUAUUUCAAUGAAAAAUUGAUAUUAGUAUAAUUUUGUAUAAUAUGUACCAUUUAACCUGAAUGAAUAUUACUUUUAAUUUUAUAAAGUCACAGCUAAUCUGAUAACUUAUGUCAGAAACAAGGGGUGGCGUAGGAAUAAUCUAUUAUUACAAUUGCGGCAUUCUCUUAAUGAUUGAAUGUAUCAGUACUUAAUAGGUGCUUACCCAUAGAAUAAUUAUGUUACUUGUACAUAAUAUGGCGUAAUCAUUUUUGUCGAAUCUACAAUUUCUGUGAUUAAUUGUAAUAUGUGUUAUCGAUGUGACCGUGAGAGAUCUCGCAAAGAAAGUGACAGAAACGAUAGAUUUGUUGGGGAAAAUUAAUUACGAUGAAUUAUGAAGGAAUUACGAUUGGAAAUAUAAUCGAGUGCGAGAUCCUCUAUAUUUUUUGCUCGUGACUUUAGAACUCGGUGAUAAAUUUUGCGAUGACGCUUAACUGUACGUGUCGCUCUCGCAUUUUCUACACGCUAAACCGAUCACCCACAAAUUUUGCCACUGUUUAGAGACAAAGUGCCUGUGAAACGUUCAUUCGCGGAAGUAAAAAAGAAAUAUAUAUGUAUAUAUAUAAAAUAUAUAUAUGUAUAAACGCAAAAAUCUAUAUUUUCAAUCGAGAAUGCAAUAGUGAGCUAUCAACGCGCACUCAUUUACGUAGAUAACGGAUCCCAGAAACAAGAUGUACUCACAAGCGUCUAAUAAAAAAUGUCACGUGCCUA